AUGGUAAAAAGAGAUUUUGUUAAAUUACUUCUCCCGGCUGUUGUGGCUGCGGAAGUUGACUUUUUUGCUCCUGAUACGAGAGGAUACAAAGAACUUGCAGAUGCUGUCGUUGGUUGUGAAGAGGGGCAAGGAUCAAUUACUCGAGCUGAUACAGAUGGCCUCGCUGAAUACAUCAGUGGUCACAAGAAUCUCAGUAGAAAACCAUACCUGAUUCUCUUGAAUAACAAGGAUCAGCCAGACUGGUACAACUCCGAUCUCACCAAAAAGAAGGGCAAGAAGCCGAAGAAAGCACCAGCUGUUUGCGCCAAAACCGCUGAAGUCUGCGAAGGAACAGGAGAACUUAAGGACAGCUACGAACGAUACAAAUUCUAUCCAGCACCGCCGACAGAAGAAUUCGAAUCAUCGAAAAACUACACUGCCGCUCGAGAAAGUUGUCAAGAACUCGGAGACAGCUGGGAUCUCAUGAUAAUCAAUACGAAACGAGAGUGGGAAUUCCUCAAAGAAGUGAUGGACGAUUCUUGCUGGGCCCAUGAAGCCUGGUGGGUCGGAUUUAAAGAGUACGGCACAGUUUCUCCAGGUGUUCGAGGAUCACUCGAAACCGUCUUUGGCAAGACCCCAGAGUGGGAGCCGAAGUGGGAGACAGAUGAGCCAAAUGACGCGCAAGGAGCAGAAGAAUGCAUCAGAUACAGACUUGGAGACUUCAACGACGCUCCAUGCUCAAAGUACUGGUCGGGCGUCAAGCGCGAUCGAAUCGGAAUGGGAUACAUUUGUGAACAACACAACUAUAUCGAGGAUUGCGAACCAGUUUCGGUCGAAGCUGCAGCAAUCGAAAACUACUCGAUCCACGAACCAGCCACUCCCGCUGAGGGUAAAAACUGGGCCGACGCCCGAGCUUUUUGCCAGGCAAAGGGAGCCAAUUGGGACCUGUUUGUGCCAAACACUGAGGCCGAAUUCGACCUUCUAGUCCAAGCAACCCAGUGCUCAUGGAGUCGAUUCUGGCUUGGCGCUACUUACACCGCUAAUACAGAUGAAGUCGCCGUCGACGAUGGAGAGUAUUUUGCAGUUGAUGGAUCCGCCGCUGAGCAGAUUUUCCGCCGAUGGGACACUCACACCAACUGGGAGUCCCCAGAUCCAAACAACAAGCCUGGCGUCACUGAAUGCAUCAGAAUGCGAGGAAACUUGAUGAACGACCAAAACUGCGAAACUUCCGGAAAAGACAUCGGACACGGUUGGAUUUGCGAGAAAACUAUUCCUGAAGACCCUUGCGAACCAACGAUGGGCCUUGUUGGUGAUCGAUAUGCUAUUCUCAACUCUCUUGGCGAUGCAAGAAACAAGCGAGUUGCAUGUUCCUCAAUCGGUGAUGGAUGGACUGAGUUCGACGGAGAAUCUGAUUACGUAACUGCUCUCCUCGCCGCAAACGGAUACGCUGAUUCCACUCCUGCUGCGGUUUGUGAACGAGCCGUUCCAUGCGCUAACGAUGAUGGUGCUAGCUUCAACGUCGUCGAUGAUAAGGACUUGAAAGUCGUCGGACUCGGUAACUACAACAAAGCCUCUGCGGCAGCUGUUUGUGAGAGCUACGGACAAGGAUGGAGCUUGGCCAUCAUCAAUGAUGAGAAAGAAUCAAGAUCAAUCAACAAGAAACUUGGCGGUUGCUACAGCUAUUGGACCGGCAUGACUCAUAGUGGAGAGACGCUCUAUGAUGAAGUCAGCUCCAUGAUCGGUUUUGCACCUUGGGCACCUAUCAACACUCAGAAAAUCUGCGGAAACGCAUGCGUUACCAUGCGAGGUGGAGAAUACUACUCUGCCGACUGCGAUGUUGAGGUUGAAUCUGCUGUCAUUUGUGAAUACACCCCAAUUCCUGAGCCAAAAGAAAGUGAAGAUUGCCUCCCAUGCAAGCACAACUCCUUGAUUCUCCCAUGGAAUACGCUACCAAGCGGAUGUGCGAAGCCAAAAUCAUGCGCCGAAAGCGCUCGACUUCAAAUCGUUGAUCAGUGGAAGAUUGGUAAUGGCAAGAGUCGACCUGUCCGAUACGGAUUCGUCGGUCUUAUCAAGGUCCCACAAGCUGUUAUUGAUAGCAAAACUUCCUUCUCCGUGCUUAUCCGAUUCUCUGAUCGGGUCAACCACGGUCACUUCCAGCUCUGGAACAUGAACUUCUGGAACUUCUACAACGGCGGAUAUGAAAUUCUCAUCCACAGUAAACACUGGAAUACCGAUCUUCACGACAAAUACUCUGUCGCCUUCGUCGCCGAAGGAUUGAAUGUCAACGACCUUCCCGAACUCGUCUUCUGGACUGGUCAUCAAAGAAAACACCAAUGCUUCCAGCCCUCUAUGCACAUCACCAGAACAGGCCAACAAGCUCAGCUCAUUGAAGGCAACUUCGAAAACCGAGAACUCGAUGAGGACUCUCUCGUUUCCCGAAUCCGAUUCAACAAGAAAAAGAAGAGCAUCAACUACAAGGGAAAACCGAGAAAUUAA